AUGAAAAUAUCAACGGAUUUUAUGGAUAAAAUGUUGAUAAACUACUUCUCUCUCAUAUACUUUAUAUACUUGUCCUUACUACUAAUAGAAACACAAAGUAUUAAUGAUAAUAAUUUAUGGCAAGUUAUAACUUCAUAUCCAAAUGCAACUAAAUUUGCAGAUUUUAUUCAAGAAAUGGGACUUCAGAAUUUGCUCGAAAAACCUGGUUGUUUUGGUGAUGAUGAAUGUUUGACAAUAAUUUUACCUACAAACGAUGCAAUUGAUCAUAUGGCUAAUGAUUUAGCAUGGUAUAGUUUAGACGAUUAUCAAAAACAUUCAUUUAUACAUGGUCAUAUAAUUCAGAGAGGGAUUACUACUGGUCAGUCAUCUGUACGUGUGACAACAAGAGAAUGGACAAAAUUAGGUCAACAAAUGAACUUCAUCGAUAUUGGAUUUGGUACAGGUGUUGAAUAUACAACAUUAUUUGCUAAACAACAAUUCGGGUUUUCAACUAUAGCAGAUUCUACAUCUUUAUAUUUUGUAAAUAAUGCAAAAAUUGUGACACCAGAUGUUAUGGCUUCAAACGGAAUAAUACAAAUAGUAAAUCAAGUAUUAUAUACACCAUAUAUUUCAUCACCAUUUAUGGAAUUUUUACAAAAACAAGGAAAUUUAGGGCAGGUUAACUUUUCUGAAAUAAAAUAUAUCAAAGAAUUAUGGUACUUAUUAUUGCAAGAACCUAAAUAUGCACCAUAUCCAGCGCAACAUAUCUAUUCAACUAUAUUUGUUGUUAAUGAUUCUGGUUGGAGCUCAUUACCAAUUAUUCAACUGAACAGAUUAAGAAAAAAUAUCACUUUACUAGCUUCUGUUUUAUCUUAUCAUUAUUGUCCAAAUCAACUUAUUUAUCGUGAAUGGAUUUCAGUGAAACCUAAUAUGAAUAUUUAUACUGGUUUUCCCAAUAGACCACAAUCUGCAACUAGUAUUCAGCUAAGUGAAUUAAACCCAGCCCAACUAUACAAAAGUAGUGGUGAUUCAAUUAUAAUAUCGAGUGGAAAUACUGAAGCAAAAUUGGAAGAUAAAAGUUUCAUCAUACAAAAAGCAAUCGUUCAUAUCAUUCAAAAGCCAUUAGCAUUUAUAUUUGAAACACGAGAAGAAAUUCUGAAUAGAAUUAAUUCAAAUCUGUUAUCUUCAUGUCAGUCAGAUACAAUUUGUAAAAACAUCUUAACAUCAUCUACAGAUAUAACGAUUUUUUCACCGAAUGCACAAGCCAUGCAAAAUUUUAAUAAAUUAUCUACAAGUGAAAAGGCAAUUUAUCUUAAAUAUUUAUUUUUACCUAUGAAGUUAUAUCAAGCUGAAAUGACAUUAAAUCGUCGUAUCCCUAUUGAAAAGUUAGAAGAUGCUAUCCGCUUUAAAAUAAUCGAUCAGUCUACUUUUAUUGAAGCUCGAUUACCAAAUCAAGGCUAUGUUGCAUCUCGUAUUAUCAAUGCUAAUCAAGUGGCAACCAACGGUAUUAUUCAUACUAUUGAUGCUGUUCUAGGUUUACCAUAUGAAACAGUUCAACAAUAUGUAGCUAGAAUCCCUGAUUUUAAUUUAUAUUACAAUACAGGUUUUGUUCAGUCAAUGACUAUUGGUGAACCAUAUACAUUUCUAGUACCGACAAAUCAAGCUAUGACUUCUAUGAAUAAUGACAAUGAAGUGGGGAGAAAACUGUUAACUGAUAAACUUCGAAAAGAUUUUGUGUUUCGCCGAAAUACAUUUCCGCUUGACUUGAUAAUUCAAGAUUUGGAUAUACGUAAAGUGUAUUAUGUGUCUACAGCAAAUUAUGCAUUCACACGUGAACAAUUACGUUUGGACAUUAGUUCUAAGAAUUCUGAUGAAGAGGGUGUGUUCACAUAUCAAGGCGAAAAAAUUCAAUUAUUAUCGCUAAAUGGACCUUAUCAAUUUACAAAUGGUUUUCUUUAUUCAAUAGACAAAAUCCUUUAUACGAAAUCGGAUCUUAACGCAACAAUGUGCACUGUAUCAGCUUGUGCAUAA